AUGCAGUAUAUCAUAGAUCAAAUAUUCGCGGGCAAUCGCAUAGGUGACUUGACUCCUUCACCGUCUGAAAUGGAGCGCCAAGAGCAAGCACGUAUAGAAGAAGAUGCAAGACUCCAAGAAGAGAAGGAAGCAGAGUUAAAAAGAAGGUUAGCCAUGGGUGAGGAAAUCGAAUCAAUUCAUUCGGAGGAAAUAAGUCCUGAAGAGAGAGAAAACAGAAGGUUAGAGGACGAAUACAAGAGACACGUUAGGAAUAUACAGCGAAUGGAGCGAUCAAGGUUCGUAAUAAGAGAAAAGAAUAAAAAAUUCAAUAAAGAUACCGCUUUAUAUUUGGAGCUCGCAGGCUUGAAGAAACCAGAAGCCUCAGAAGAAAUGAAACAAAGAGCAGCUGCAUUUAUCCAAAACAUUUAUAGGCAAUUUAUGAACAUAAAACGGAAACAACUUAGAGAAAAAAGGCUUAGGGAAAAAUUAGAAAUGAUCAUACCCGCGCAACCAAUGCCAUCCACUAAGACCGAGCUGCGAAAUGUUCAAGAAAUAAGACGAAGGUUUAGACAAAAUUAUUACGAGAAGUGGCUUAAAGAAAAUAUUAAGGAAAAAACUCGCAUAUUACAAUUGAAAGAAGGUUAUAUCAUGGAUGAUAUCACUACUGAAAUUAGAGAAUGGUUUCGGGUAUGGUAUAAUAAAGUCCGCACAUUUGAUGAGUUUCCAUGGCCGGAGGAAGGAGGUUCGAUUUUAGUUGUCACGGGUGAAACCUUUACUAUUGAAGAAUACAUCGAAUGGAGAACUGCUGAAGAAAAGAGGCUUAAAGAAGAAUCUGGCAAUCCGAAAUCUAAAGAGCAAAUUAAAGCAGAAAAACUACAGGCUAAAAUGGAAAAACGACGUUUAGAGAAAGAAGCUAUGGAAAAAGAGAAAAAACGUUUGCUUGAUUACAAAAAAUCUCGACUUAAUCCAGAUAAUGAUCCUGGUGUUUAUAUCAAAGGCUCGUAUCGUGAGCGCGGCGGGCACUCGACACCGCAAUCUGUCAGUCGACCGGAGCGCCCAAUAACGGCGGCUUCCCCGAAACUGGGUCGGUGUCGGGUGCUCCUCGAACAAUGGCUGGAGACUAGAUGCGCCCACACCCGCCGCCGGAUGCCGCUGUCUCCGCGCCCCGCCGCCAUUUCCGCGCGAGACCGGAGCGAGGCGGAGCGUUUCCGCCGAGUCUACCGCCACCUCCACAAUGGAUCCUUCAUAUCUUCCCAGCGC